UUCGCCUAAAGAGAUCGCAGGAGAGGCGAGCGGGCGGAUCUCUCCUUCCAUGACCAGCAGGCACCUUGCGAGAGGCAGCCCGGAGCCAGCAUGUCACUCCUCGCAAAAAUGGGGGACUGGCAGGACCGCCACGAUGGCACCAGCAAUGGAACCGCCCGGCUGCCCCAGCUGGGAUCGGUGGGCCAGUCCCCCUACACCAGCGCCCCGCCGCUCUCCCACACCCCCAACGCUGACUUCCAGCCUCCCUACUUUCCGCCCCCCUACCAGCCCAUUUACCCUCAGUCCCAAGACCCUUACUCCCACGUCAACGACCCCUACAGCCUGAACCCCCUCCACGCCCAGCCCCAGCCUCAACACCCAGGCUGGCCGGGGCAGAGACAGAACCAGGAGGCCGGCCUCUUGCACGCCCACCGGGGGCUUCCCCACCAGCUCUCCGGCUUGGAUCCGCGAAGGGAUUACCGGCGGCAUGAAGACCUUUUGCACGGACCUCACGGCUUGAGCUCAGGGCUUGGAGACCUCCCCAUCCACUCGAUACCUCACUCUCUAGAAGACGUCCCGCACGUAGAAGACCCGGGUAUUAACAUCCCAGAUCAAACUGUAAUUAAGAAAGGGCCGGUCUCCCUGUCCAAGGGCAGCGGCCACGCCGUCUCCUCCAUCCCCAUCAACAAGGACGCGCUCUUCGGCGGCGUGGUGAACCCCAACGAGGUCUUCUGCUCGGUGCCCGGCCGCCUCUCGCUGCUCAGCUCCACCUCCAAGUACAAGGUCACGGUGGCCGAAGUGCAGCGGCGCCUCUCGCCGCCCGAGUGCCUCAACGCCUCCCUGCUGGGCGGAGUCCUGCGCAGGGCAAAGUCAAAAAAUGGAGGGAGAUCUUUGAGAGAAAAACUGGACAAAAUAGGAUUAAAUUUGCCAGCUGGGAGACGUAAAGCUGCUAAUGUUACCCUACUGACAUCACUAGUGGAGGGAGAAGCAGUUCAUCUAGCCAGGGAUUUUGGUUACGUCUGUGAGACCGAAUUUCCUGCCAAAGCAGUAGCUGAAUUUCUCAACCGACAACAUUCCGAUCCAAACGAGCAAGUCACAAGAAAAAACAUGCUUCUAGCUACGAAGCAGAUCUGCAAGGAAUUCACGGACCUGCUGGCUCAGGACCGCUCUCCGCUGGGCAACUCGCGGCCCUCGCCCAUCCUGGAGCCGGGCAUCCAGAGCUGCCUGACCCACUUCAACCUCAUCUCGCACGGCUUCGGCAGCCCGGCGGUGUGCGCCGCCGUCACCGCCCUGCAGAACUAUCUCACCGAGGCGCUGAAGGCCAUGGACAAAAUGUACCUCAGCAGCAACCCCAACAACCACACGGACAACGGCCCCAAAGGCGGCGACAAAGAGGAGAAGCAUCGGAAAUGAGGGCGGGCCCCG